AAUCGCAGAGCAAAACGUCGCAAAGCUCUGCUCAGUUGCAGACGUACUUUACCAAAACGCUGGCAAUUUGCAUUCUGCGGGGUUUUGGUAGCCUAGUUUUCUUUCUUCCGGAAAUUAAGCUUCCUAAAUUGUAAAAAGUGAUUGAAAGUGCAGAGUGCUUCGUUGAAUUUUGGACGAUUUGUUUUGAUGGGAUAUUUUUUCGUAGCUGAUAUUUUGGCUCUGGCUGGCAAGUACGAUUGAUGUAAAUUUUUCCUCCUGUUGGAAAAAAGAUCCCACAAACACUAGGAUCGAUACGAUCGUGCGGAUAGCAGUUGGUACGGUUGUGUGAGUGCGAAUUUGCAUAGGUGUAGGUGUGCGCAGUACCAAUCUGGUUUGAUGGUGUGCGUGUGUCAAACUUUCGAAAUAGAACGGCGCUUCUGAUUGGUCGACCGAUUGACUAGCAUUGACUUGGUCAGUUUAGUGAUUUGGAAAAUUGGACAAAUUUUGCUAUUUAAAGUAGCUUAAAAUAUCUAAAGUGCUUAUCUCGUGGAUAAAAGUGCUAAAUUUCUGCUAAAAGUUAACAUUUGAGGCUCCAAAAUUGACCCAGGGAGCAAACCCGAACACAGCGCAGCAGCACAAGAUGGCGUCCGCGGCGACGACCAAUCAGCGACGAGCUUCUAUCGUGCCCGCACAGGAUGGUAAUUUUUCAUACGUUUUCGCGUCAUCGUGCAGCAGCAGCAGCAGAAGUAAAAUUUAGUGCGUCCUCGUCGCAUAGAACAAAACCCUCGAUCAGCAAAGAGCAUCGAAAAAGAGUGUGUGCAGCAGUGAAAAAUUUGGUCUGGCGCGGAAAAAAAUAUUCCCAAAUCCCAGCCUGACAUGUGUCAGGUGGAAUCGAGCGGAUACAGCGAUCACCCAGCGGAGGAUUCGUCCCGGAAGUUCUGUCUCCGAACAAUAAGCACACCAAAGAAGUAAAUCGUUCUUGCUACUAUUCAGCCUCAGUAGCUGUAUGUAUAAAGUUAAUCAAAGCUAAUCAUUAAAACCACAACAAAACAACCACAAUGAGUAACCGAAAAUCUGCCGGCGAGGGAUCGAGCAAGAAGCGUGGCCGACCUCCGGCUCGGGGCGCCAACACGUCUAUGGAGCGACCGAAAAGCAAGUUCCAGUAUCAUCUGCUCAAGAAGCCCAAAUAUUUGUGCAAGGAUGGCGAUUCCCGUUUCAGCACCCCGUCCGCAUCUCGAGCCUCCUCGCCACAGGGCAGUGAAGAAAGUCGCCCAUCGACAUCGCGUCGCUCAGUUCCGGCCCCGGUUAAAACACCUAGAGCCAACGCCAAAGGGAAGGGGCGACCCUCGAAUGGCGGCGGAAGAGGGCGAGGCGCCAACAAUCGUAAAAAUUACACCUAUCACGAGUCGGAAUACCAUUACGGGUCGGAUUUCGGCGAUGACAGUGACAAAAGUGACGCGUACGAAGAUUCGAUGCGAUCGGCUUCGGAUUCCGAGGAAAGUUUGGCCGCCGAAUCCGAGUCCGAUUUCUCGAUUCAGAGCUUCAGCGUGUCGACCGGUAUGAGCUGCCAGAAGGAGCCUUCGCCGGACCCGAUCUGGCUGCAAGACCGUGAGUAUCCUCCGUUGAAGCUGCCGCAGUCAUCGGAAGACUUGCUGGUUCCUCACUCGAUUGUGCUGAAGUGUACCUCGAUUUAUGAAAUUAUCCGUCGAUUUCGGAAUCUCGUAAGGUUGUCGCCGUUCAGGUUAGAGGAUUUUUGCGCUGCAAUUAUGUGUGAAGAUCUGAGUUCGCUGUUGACCGAGGUGCACAUCAUGCUGCUGAAAGCAGUGCUCCGGGAAGAAGACUCCCAACAAACGCACUUUGCACCACUGGACCAGAAGGAUAGUGUAAAUAUUGCGCUUUAUUUGAUAGAUUCUAUAACGUGGCCAGAAGUGCUACGAAGUUAUAUUGAAAGUGAUUCUAGUAUCUUAGAUCAGGAGGUGUUGAGUAUACUCAGCUUGAAUGAGUAUCCAUUUGUGACACCAGAGGAAAAGUUAAAGGUUUUACAAUUUUUAACCGAUCAAUUUUUGACUACUACUACUGUUCGGGAUGACAUGCUGCAAGAAGGUCCAAUCCAUUACGACGAUCAUUGUCGUAUUUGUCAUCGGUUGGGCGAUUUGCUAUGUUGCGAAACGUGCCCGGCAGUUUUCCAUUUGGAAUGCGUGGACCCACCACUAGUGGAAAUUCCCAACGAGGAUUGGCAGUGUAAUUUGUGCAAGCAGCACAAAGUAUCCGGUGUUAUGGAUUGUAUUUCGACCCAGGAGAAGCAGGGUCUCUUAUGCCGGCAGGAAUUGCUCGGUUAUGAUCGACAUGGGCGGAAAUAUUGGUACAUUGGAAGGAGAGUGUUUGUCGAGACGGAAGAUUCGUCCGAUGUUUGGUACUACAGCACUGUGAAACAAUUGGAACUGUUGAUGUCCAAAUUGGAUCCAAAUGAAUACGAGUUACAUUUGUACAAAGAAUUAGAGGAUCGCAAAGAAGAAAUGGUUCGUCAAAUGACUCUUACGGAAACAAUUACCAAUCAACAGAAAGGAAACAAGAAAUCAUAUAUUGAAUUCGAUAAUCAGCGCAUUGAAAAAUUAUUGGAAGACAAAAAUGUAAAAGGAGAUGAAAAGAUGGAUACAGAUGAUUCGCCAGAGGAGGGCGAACAAACUACAUCGAACGAUAAAAAAGAGGACGGAGACGAAUCUUCCUGUAAAGAGGAAGACGAUUCCAAGGGUCCCAAUGAAAAGCAUGUGACUAGAUCUAAGACUGGUUCGCUAGCUCCUCGUACGUUUAGUGUUGAUGAAUUAAAACGCAAAGGCUCGCUUACCAAAGAAGAAGAAGAACUACGUCUAACCCGUACCAAAACCAACCAAAUGUCUAACGGAACGCUCUACUUUAAACUGGGCAUGGAAAACGGAUUCAAAACUUACGUCAACCAGUAUAGUAUCAAUCCGAUUGCUUUGAACAAACCCCAACGAAACGAAGACCGAGACAAGAAACGUCAUCUAUCGCACAAGUUCUCUCUGACUCAGGCGUCCGAAUUCAAAUGGCUUGGAGGAGGAGUGCACAACAGCCAGCAACAGAUCAUAUCCACAAUCAAGCAGACAAUGAUAGCCCUAGAGCAAGCUGUUGCAUCACCAUAUCUGCACCAAAACUGGACGAAGCUCAGAAAAGUAUGGAUCAGCGCUAUCAGUGCCUGCAACAAAGCGAAGGAUUUCUCACGGAUUCUUUGUAUUUUGCAAUCCUGUAUGCGUAGUGUCAUUUUUGCCACCGUUUGGCAUGAACAGCUCGGCCAUACUCGCAUGUAUAGAAUAACGUCGGCGGAGCGGGAGGAAAAA